CCUCCAUGAGUAAACAUAUUUUUGUAAUUUUGUGAACGUUUUACCGUUUUAUGAUUUUUUAUUCUCCUUUGAAGUCAUACAAGAUGUUUAUACCAGUAGAAAAAAAGAAUCCACGGUCAUUUGAAGGAUAUACCUUAAUCUUGCCGGCAGUAUCAGUAGGAAAUGUUGGACAGCUAGCAGCUGACUUGUUGAUUUCCACCAUGUGGCUGGACAAAUGUGGCUUCAUCUAUCAUGACAGUAUUCUGCCCUUGGUUGGAAAUGAUCCGUUUGCGCAUCCAGAAGCAGAUGUCUGUAAAGUUGUAACUGCAUGUGAGGUGUAUGAAAGUAAACUAGACCAGCUAGUGGUUGUUCAACAGAGGGCUCCAUUUGUUAAGGGAAAGAUGCCAAGUUUUCGACGCUGGUUGAUAAGUUGGAUAAAAGAAAACAAGUUUGAAAAGGUCGUCAUACUCAGCAGUAUGCAUGCACACGAAAGACUUGAUGUUCAGUUACAAGGGUCCCAGUUCAGGUAUGUAGCCACCUCUGAUUUGGAAGCCAAACAUAAGGAAAGGUUUUGUCAUGAGGCUCUACAGUGGAAACUUUUAGAGCAAAGACCCUGUCUUAUUGAGUCUGGGAGGACAGAGGAUUCACUAUACCUCCCAGGGGGUGGCAUUGCCAGGACCUUGUUUGAAGAAUGUUCUAAAGAAAGUAUACCUGCUAUAGUCCUCCUUGUGUUUUGUGCAGAAGGAGACAAUGCACAGGAUGCUGUUAAAUUGGCUUAUAACCUGAACUUAUGGCUAGAUUUAAUUGAUUUUAAGCCCAAAUAUGAUUUGGAUGGAAAGACCAUUAUAAAGCCUGCCUCUACAUGGAAAAUUCCAUCAUCUUGGAGACUUUUGUUUGGGACAGCUGUGGAUCAAACUUUAUUUCACUGAAUUUUAUGAGAGAGAGAGAGAGAGAGGAGAGAAAGAGAGAGAAGUUCCUUUAAAAAUGACAAUAUUAAAUUGCUGUCACUGUUUAAACUGUGAUUUUCACCAGAUUUUCAUCUAUCCAGUCUACAUACACCGAUCUCGUUUUCAUCUCAACAUGAUAAAUACAAAUGAAGCUAUACUCACGUUUUUCAAAAGCUAUAUAUGUGAUAUUAAUCUCUUUCAAGUGUAACAAUUAUUCUGAGUCGCUCUUGUUAUUGUCUUGCAUCCUUUUCAAAAUUGAAAAAAAAAAAUAACCUGCAGUUUUGUACAAUUUAUUGUAUAAAGUUUAUGUCACUGAA